AUGGGCGCGGGGAGCUUCCGUGCGUGCUUCUUUCCGCACAGCGGAAUGGUGGCGGGGGACUGGGACCCCGAGGACAUGGCGGAGCGCUCGGAGCGCAUCCACCGCCUGCGGAACAGGCGGAUGAAGGGGGCAGGCGAAGGGGGAAUGGCGGAGGAAGGGGCGGAAGAUUCGCAAGGGGAACUGGGUAGUGGGGAAGCUGGGGGGAGCUCCGGGAAAUUGUCGCGGAAGCGGGGAGUAAGACAAGGCAACGGUAACAAGAACGAAGCAGACAGGAAAGAGCAGGGAACAGCUAUUGGCGGUGGAGAUCCGAAUAGCGAGGAAGCUAAUAACGAGGAUGACCAAGGCAGCGAAGAGGGCAUGGCGCUAGACGAUGAAAUCCGCGAGCCGAGCUCGCUGAUGGAAGCGAUAGCGAUUAGGCGGUCCCUGCAGCGAGCACAGGGUGGAGAGGACGCAGAGAGGGGCGAGGAGGAGGACGCAGGGAGGGGCGACUGUGGCGAGAGGGAGAAGGGCGGAGCGCGUGAGAGAGGGGGAAGAGAGGGUGAGAGGGAGAGGGAUGAGCGCGGGGGAAGGGCGACUAGGAUUCAGGGCUUGGGGAUUUCAGGAGUGGAGAGAAGGGGGGAGGGCGUGACGGAAGGAGAGCGAGAGGAGGUACGGGGAAGGGAUGGAGAGAGGGAGAAGGAAGGGGGAGGGCACAGGGAGGGGAUGGGGUGCGAGAGGAGGAGGAGCAGGAGCGGCAGUGGGAGUGUGCGAAGCAGUCUGUGUAGCAUAGAGGAGGACGAGGGGGUUACAGGUGAUGGUAGCACAGCUCUUUCCACUCAUUCUCGAGACGUCUUUUCCAGCCACCCUGCUGCCAGUAGCGCAUCUGACACUAACGAGUUUCCAGUGGCGAAUGAUACGCCACUCAUGAACCUGGGAGGAAUGUCGGGUGAUAAGGAAGGACAGGAAGGCACCCAAGGGCAGGUAGGUUCGGAAGGGACGGAAGGGGCGGAAGGGCAGGUGCCACCUGGGGCAGGGCGUAUUGCUGAAGGGCGGUUCCCGGACAUGCCGCCAGCAGGGCACGUGCGGGGCCGAGGAGGGAGCGAGGGAGCUGAGCUGGGUGGCUUUUCACCUGGCAGAUCACCUGGCAGAUCACCUGGCAUGUCGCCUGCGUUUUCACCUGGGCACCCGGCUUCGCCAACUCCUGCGUUUUCACCUGGGCACUCACCCUCCCGUACCCCUGCUAGAUCGCCCCUCCGGCCUCCUCGCCCGUCUCGGUCAUCAUCCCUGUCAGAAGGGAGACUGGAGGUGAAGCCAGAUGGUCGCACAGCUAUGCCGUCGCACCCCUCGCCAAACAUUCCCGUGUCCAAGUCUGGAUUUGAUCUUCCCCCUGCCGCGCACUCGUGGGCACCCGCCACCACCUCACACGCCUCCCCUCCUUCCUCUCGCUUCCAGCCUGGUCCUUCCCUUACACAGAAAGAGCAGCAGCAGCAGCAGCAUCACCAUUCCAAGUCACUUUUAGACGGGGCAAGCACCGCCCUAGAUGCCAUGGUGACUGUAAGGAGGGUUCCCAGAGUCCCAGGAGGCAAAGGGGGUUGGAGGGAAGCUGCUUCUGCAGGAGGAGACGAUUUCGGGCUCGGAGCCUCAGGAGGUUCGGCAGGGUCAGGCUCGGGUCUCCGAUGCUCGGUUCUCCACUCCCGGUCGUUCCGAGGAGGUUCGGCCGGAGCUGCGAUGGCUGCAGCUGCUGCAGUGGCAGCAGCAGCUGUAGCAGGUGGGGGUGGGGCAACGGGUGCUAACAGCCCGUUGCUGCAGGCUAAGAGAAGACAGGCAGGAUCAAGUUCUAUGAGGGGGAAGAGCUUAGCAGCACUGGAUUUUGAAAGGAUACUGGCCAGUGGGGGAGGUGAGAGGAGAGGGGGCGGUGAUGGUGGUGGUGGCGCUAUUGGUGGUGGCUUGGGUGGUGGUAUGGGAAGAGGAGUGGAUGGAGAGGGGGAGGAUUCGGAGUGGGAAGGGAGAUUGGAGCUCGAGGAGUGGGAGAGGGCGAGUGGGAUUGGAGUGAGGGGGAUUGGAAAGAGGGUCAGUGGAGUGAGGGAGGCGGGAGUGAGGGAGGAUAAGGCAGGAGGUGAAGGGCUUGGGGAGGAGGAGGUUCGAAGACCACCAGGGGACGCACUGUUGCUUCCAGCAGAGGCUGGCCAGUCAGCAUUCGAGGGGGCAAUUUUUGAGUUGACCCAAAAGGUUGGGGAGGAGGAGGUUCGAAGAUCACCAGGGGAAGCAGUGCUGCUUUCAGCGGAGGCUGGCCAAUCAGCGUAUGACAGGGUGGGUGGGGGACUUGGAUGGGAGACUCUGGGGGAAAAACGUGAUGCAGGGAGUUUGCAAGGGGGAGAGAGGAGUCUGCAAGGGGGAGGGGAGAGUUCGCAAGUGGGAGGGGGGAGUUUGCAAGGGGGAGGGGGGAGUUUGCAAGGGGGAGUGGGGAGUUCGCAAGGGGGAGGGGGGAGUUUGCAAGAGGAAGAGGGGAGUUUGGCAGUGCAGGCGUGUGGAAGCAGAGAGGAGAUUUCUUAUGGGGCGCCUCAAAAGUCGUCUGCUGCGUGUGAGGGGAGUGAGAGUGGAGGCAGAGAGGGAGGAGGCGAAGUGCAAGGCGUGGUGGAGGAGGAAGAGGAUGAAAAGAGUAGGGAGAGAAGGGAGAGGAGGGAGAGGAGGGAGAGGAGGGAGAAGAAGGAGAAGGAGAGGAAAGAAAGAAGAGAGAAGGACGGAGAGAAGAGGGUGGAAAAAGAAGCAGGGACUGCAGGGAUUGGAGGGGAAGAGGGAGGAGCAGGCCAGGUAGUGGGGGGAGUGAGGGAGGGAGAGGGGGGAGUGGGGGAGGGAGAGGAGAGAUUGGUGGGAGGGGAAACGGAGAGGGACGGGGACAGGAAGGAUAGGGAUGAGGUGGAGGGCGGUGGAGAGGCAGAAUCAUCGGAAGGUGUGAUAGAGUGGACCAAGCUAGGAGUCGUGAAAGGGAGGGAGAAGAAGAGGGAGAAAGAGAGAGAGCAGGAGAGGGGGACAAGGAGAGAGAAAGAGAGAGAGAAAGGGAGAGAGAAAACAAGAGUGGGGGAGGCAGAGGAGGGGAGUGUAGCAGAGGGAGAGGGAGUAGCAGAGGCAGCCACCACUGAAGCUGGGCUGUCUGGAAAACUCACAGAGGGAGCAACUCCUGCUGCUGCUGUUAUGCCUGGUUUGCCUCGAGAUUUCACCAUGGCAGAUUUGGGCGCUUCUCCUGAGACGUCUCAACGGGGUGCUGCUGCUGUCAUGCCCGGACCCCUUACUGUUCCAGGCGAGGAACUGAGAGGAGUCAUGUCCCAAGGGAGGCCAGAGGUGGAAGAAGAAGCGGACGCUCAGGAGGGGAUGGUUUCAGAGCUCGUGUUCAAAGGCAAGAAGAUUCGAGUGAGAAGCGAGCAGGAGCAAUGCGAUGCUCACAGUGGCCGGGAGGUGCUGGCCGAGCAGCGCGAGCAGGGCGAGCAGGGCGAGCAGACCUGUGAGGCGCCUCAAAAGCAGGCAGAGCAGGGCAGACAGGAUGAUGAGCAGGGCGAGGGCGACCCUAUGACAGGCGGUCUCCAAGCCCCUCAACACGAUCCCCACCUGCCUCCUCUCAACACGGUUCAGCCCACCGCUCGCCCCACCAGUUCUGGUUUCCAGUUCCGCCCUCUACUCCUCUCAGCCCCCUCCGAUUCCCCAGGCCCCUCAGGCCCCCCGGGUUUCGCAGGCUUCUCAGGCUCGUCCCAGCGCUCUGCUCCCCCCACACCCUUUGGCUUCACCGGCACCAGCAGCAGCAGCGGCGGCGGCGGUGGCGGUGGUGGGGGCGGUGUGAGUGGUGUGAGAGAUGGGCAGCACUGGGAUCAUCAUGGGCCUUCAGGUGCUGCUGCUGCUGCUGGGGGUGGGUUUCUAGCAGGGGGUGCAGCAGGGAGCAGCAGUAAGUGGCAGUGUGGUCAGGAGUUUGGGCCGAUAGGGGCGGCUAGAGUGAGGGCUCAGAGGUGUAGGGAGCACUGGACUCUGCUCUUCAUGGAUCUGCUCGAUCUCAUGCUCAAACGGACGGCUGGAGAUGAGUCUGUGGACGAUGAGGGUGAUCUGAUGGUGAAUCGGACGGCUGGGGAUGGGUGUGUGGGUGGGGAGGGGGGUGGUGGUGGUGUAGGGUGGGGGCAUGAGGGGAAGCGAUGGGAGGGGGGUCAGGAUGAGUGGGUGACUGAGGAUGCUUGUAAGGGGUAUAAGAGGGGUGACGAAGGGGAGGAGGGUAGAGAGGAGGUGUAUAGGGAAGGUGGGUUCAGUCUGGCUCGGAUGCGGCCUGACAGCUUUGGCGGCAGCAGCGGCAGGCUCGGCAGCAGCAACGGGAGACUCGGGUCGAUGGUCCGAGCCUCGUCAUCAGCUGCGGCACACCGGGACUUCGAGUGGAUCUGUGAGAAAUUCCGAAGCGCAACGGAGCUCUCUGAUAGGCUGAAAGAGCGCCACGUCAGCGAGGCGUUUACUGUAGCACUGGCUGUGUGGUUGAGGUUCUGGGAGCAGUGGGGGGACGGGCCUCCCGAUUGGGCAGAGGAGGAGGAUGAGGGGGAGGUUCUGCUGGAGGAAGGAGAGGAGGGAGAGGAGGGGGAGGAGGGGGAGGGGUAUGGGGAGGAGCAUAUGGAAAGGAUCCCUUCAGGUGCUUGGUUGAGUAGUGAGGGAAGGGGAGGAGGAGGGGGAGAGGGAGGGGGAGGAGGGGGAGGAGGGAGUAUAGGGAGGCAGAGGUCGUUAGGCUGGGUUGAUGAGGAGAGGACUGGGAUAGGCUCGCCCGAGCCUUGGGCUCGUAGGGACAGCUUUGGGCGAGUGAGCCGAACCAACAGCAUCAACCGAACCAACAGCAUCAACCGGACCAACAGCAUCAACCGAACCAGCAGCAUCAGCCGAACCUUCAGCCGAACCAGCAGCCGCGGCGGCCUCACAACGGCCCGAGUGAACAGCAGAGGGAGCAGUUUGCGCGAGGGGGGAAGCAUGAGGGAGGGAGGGGGACUGCUGCGCCUCUCCUCAACUAUCUCCUCCACCACUGCCCCUGAACUAGCAGACCUAGCAGGGUUGGGAUUCGCACGCAUUCAAGACGAUCUGGCUGAAGCUGCUGUUUUGCUGGCAGGGGUGGGGCCGGGGUCUGGGAGAUGGGAGGAGACGGGUGGGGCGAAUGAGGAGGGGAGCGGCGUAGUGUUAAGUGGGAUGGAGGAAGGGAAGGGGAAAGGGGGAAAGAGUGGUGGUGGGUUGGCCGGGCCUGUUUCCCGCCCCCAACGGUGGCUCAGCAUGGAAGCUGGUGCUGCUGCUGCUGCUGCCGGUGCCUAUGGCAGUGGUAUCGGGGGUAGAGGGGCAGGAGAGCGUGAGGGGGACGAGGAGGAGGAGGAGCAGGAGGGGGCGUAUGGGAAGUCGCUGACAACAGCAGCAGUGGAAGGGGGCAGCGGCCGCAUGGCCUAUGCAGGCGAUGGGAGGGGGCGAGGAGCGGGCAGAGGCAGAGGCAGAGGCGGGGAGGAGGGGGCGGGGAGAGGGGCAGAGGGGCGGCCUGUGCUGGCAGCACCUGCAGCAGCGGCGGUGCGUGUGUUUGUGUGGGAUCCAGAGGGCAGCAUUCAGGAGCAGCUGGUUAGCAUGGCUCUCUGCUGCGACCUGCGCGCUGCUGUCCCUGCUCUCCCUGCUGCUGCUCCCGCUGCUGCUUCCGCUGCUGCUGCUUCCGCUGCUGCUGCUUCCGGUGCUGGUGAUGAUGGUGCUGCCGGUGCUGGUCUUGAUGGUGCUGAUGGGGGUAGCGUCGAUUUCGCCCAAGAAUCUGCUGGCGCAUCAGUAGCAGGAGCAGCAACCCAAACAGCACCGCCAGCAGCAGCAGAGCGGGGGUACACGGACCUGUUCCUUGCCUCGCGCUGCCACCACGACAACAUACUCGUUUUUGUCGGCCUCGCUGCAGCGCUGAGCGUGUGGCGCCCCGCUACAGCCGCCCUCAUUCUCCUCCGCCUGCUCGACCGCAUCGCCUUCUUCGAGCUACAGCUGGAGCGAGAGCAGGCUGUAGCGGCAGCUGUAGCAGCAUCAGCCACAGCAGCCGCUGCUGCUGGUGCGUCUGGUGCAGCUGGUGCUGGUGCCGCUGCUGCUGGUGCUGCCGGUGGUUAUCAGAGGCUAGGAUUGGCUAGGCGUGGCAGUGCAGGUGCAGGGGCGUCAGGAGCAGGGUCUGUGAGGGGUUCGCCUCGUGCUGCUGUGCCUGUGUCACGGUCCUUUGCACCUAUCGGUCACAACCGCACACCCAGCAUGCAGUUAAUGCAGCAGCAGCAGCUGAUGCUUCUUCAGUUCAACCCAGACGCAGACGAACCUCUUUCUCACAAAUCCACCGCUCUGCACCCCUCGCACCGACCCCCCAGCUCGAGCUUCGGCGGCGCCACCUCCGGCAGAGGCUCGGAGACUAUGGCAGAGGUAGCACUAGCAGAAGGGCUUGCAGCUGCCACCCACUCGAGCCUGGAGGAACGGUGUGAGGAGCAGGAUCGGCUGUACCUACAGCUCAGCCUCGGCCCGGGCCUGCUGGGGAUGACCCUGGCGGCGACGAUGAGGGAACUUGAGCAUAUACACCCGGACGACAGCAUGGCAAUUGCGAGUCUAGCCCAGGAAUUAGGGUUAGACGAGGCGGCGUUUCAUGCCGCACUGAGGGCCGUUUCCAGUGGGAGGCUCAAGGCUGCUGGGUUCGAUCGGGUGAUUGGAAUGGUAUUUACAGGUAGAGGGGUUGAGUCGGUUACAAUGCGGUUUGCUAGGCUGGCUGCUGCGGUGAAAACGGCCCAGUUCUGGGGGUCUGGGGUAGGGCCUGGGGCGGUAGAGGGGGCCCAUCUCUCUCCCCUCUCCUCUCCUAAUACAGGAGGGAGGAGUGCUGGGGGAGCAGCGCAAGGGGGGAGGAGCGCAGGAGCAAGCAGUAGUAGAGGUGGGGGGACAGGCUCAGACGCUGCCGUCAAGGCGGAUCCAGAUAUUACCUCCCCUAGAGCAGCAGCAGCAGCAGCAGCAGCAGCAGCAGCAGCAGCAGCCAAAGCUGCCGGCUCUGAUCCUCUCUCCCCCUCUUCCACUUCCUCUCCUGCUCUCUCUGGUUCAACAGUUCCCUCAGCCUCCCCCUCCCCGUCUCUCUCCGCGGCUGCUCCUGGUUGGGCUGCUGCUGCCUUUGCAGUUGCCUCUAGUUGGGGCUCUGCGCUUGCCUCCCAGGCUAGUUCCGGAGCUGCAGCUGCGGCAGCAGGUUCUGGGAAAGGCUCGGCGGCAGGCUCGGUGGGUGGGUUGUGGGCGGCUGGCAGAGCAAGCGCUCCAGUGGUUGAUGCUGGACCAGGCGGUGCGUCAGGUGGUUCUUCAGGUGGUGCCUCAGGUGCCGGCAACAAUUCUGAUGCCACUGGUCCCAGCGCUGGUGGUAGUGGUGUCGAACUGGUAGCAAGGGAGGGGAGGAGACGGGGAGGGAGCGAAGGCGAGGUGGGAGCAUGGCUGAGUGAAGGGGCAGCAGAGGAGGGGCGGGAGGACGGGGAGGCGUUAUCUGGUGCGGGUAGAUCCAAGCCAGGGCACGCCCGGGGCAAGAGUGACAUUCCUACGCUGUGGCUGGGGGGAGGGAGCGGCACCAGCGGAAGUGGCACCCUUUCUUCCCCUUCUGCUGCUGCUGCUGCUGCAGCAGGGGGAGGAGGAGGGGCGAGAGGCUGGGCUGGAAGCUUCUUCUCCAGCACCCCCCACGGAAGCCCGAGAGGUGCUGGCAGUGCUGGUGGUGCUGGUGCUGGCGCAGCAGGGAAUUGGGGGGGAGCUGCUGGGAUGAGCCCAGGCGGGGGUCUAGGAGGGGGGAUGGGAGGCGGAGUGGGUAAGACUGGCACUGGCACCGGCAUGGGCACAGGCCUGGGCAGUGGCACGGGUACGGGCAGCAAGCCGUCGAGUGCGGUGUUCCUGACUCCGCGCACCUCCCAGCAGAACUCGUACGUGGCGGAGUUUGUGGAUGCAAUGCUGCGCAGCGAAGUGAUGCGCCGGCAGCACGCGUGGGCGUACGAGCUGCUGCUCAACUUCCUCAGGAUCAACAGCCGAGGGGCGCCCAUGGAGGAAAGAGAGCUCAACCUCUGCGCGCAGGUGCUACUCACCAAGUGGCUGGGCGAGGGCGAGGUGGGGGAGAUGGAGGAGAGGGCAGUUCACAAGAUUGAGGGAAUGGACGACCCGGGCGUGCAGGUGGGGUGGCCCAUGUGGGUGCGAGUGGGGCGCCUCGUGGAGCGCCAGUACGACCUGCCGCGCCUGCUGCACGCCAUGCAGAGCCUCUCCAUCUGGUUCAACUAUGACGUGAGUCUGCUUAUAACGGGGAUAGAUGGAUGCUUGUAA